ACUACGACCGCCCGUGCAAGAUGUAGGCUUGCUGAGGUGCCGCCGUGUGCACCUUCGUCGCGAACGGUAGGCGACGACCGGUUCGUUCCUCUCGCCCGUUUCUCGCGCUUACCGUCACGCCGAUUCUCGUCACGCUCGUCGUCGUCGCUCCGACGACUGUCUCCGUCUUUCUCGAGUGUGCUGGUGAACGUCGUCGCCGAGCAGUGGUGCCGCGCCGGGGAACACGAUAGAGGCAGCGCCGUCGUGGCAAGCGAUCCUGUCGGCCGCUCGACUACGCUCGUUUCCGGUGCGAUGUGAAACCAGUGAAACCACCUCUCCAGUGUGUAGCCACCCGACGACGACUCUCGCUCUCGUCGCGCCAGGAUGAUGACGAAAGGCUGUCGUCUGUCGGACGCGUUCGACUAGUCGUCACAGUGGAGUUCUGCUUAAUCGCAGCCUCGGGAGGGGGUGGUUCGAUGUUGGUCCCUCCCGUGGCCCAAAGUGCGACCGGGGAUCGUCCCGUGGGGGACACGGUGGCACGGGCCCAGCAGACGACCGGCCCUGCCGCUACGACGACCCUAUGGCCUUUAGCACCUGCGCAGCCCAAUCAGGUUCCCAAUCAGCAGACCCAGGGCAUACCAUCCCUGGCCGCUACGCCUGCGCCCGCUCACAAUCAAGGUGCGAAUCGCUACGGACUGUACUCGUUAUUCCCGGGGGGUGGUGGGGGCAGUUACGUCGCCGCCACCCCCGCCACCCCGGGCCCCCCAGCGUCAGCACGGGCUUAUCACGCGACGACUCACAAGGUUUCAGAGAGCGUGUUUUCCGCGGCGGUGGGGGUGGGGGUGGGUGGCUACACCUGGGGCGCUCCCACGCCGCCGCCGGGAUCGCCCUACAGCCCGGUGCCCGUGACGCAGCUGGAGCUGUUGGCGAAAAAUUUGGCGAACCUGGCACCCGCGGGUCAGCAGGCCCUGAGUCUGCAGGGUGUCGGCGUGAACGUGGGUAGCCUGCAUCACGCGCAGCACACGCAGCACACCCAGCACACCCUCAACCUCACCGGGCUCCACCAUCUGCAUCAUGGUGGCCUCCACCAAAACGCCUUCUCGCCCCAGCUGUCCCUAGUGACCGGCAGCGCGCCGACGCUCACCAUCAACAGCUUCUCGUCGCCGAACUCGACCAACGGGGUCGCGCCGACUACCGGCGUUCUCCUGCAGGAGUACCAGUCGCCGACGGGGACGACGGGAUGUACCGUCACCGUGAACGGCCCUUCCGGCCUCACCAGCAGCACCACGAGCAGCAGCAUGGUGAUGCACGGCGGCGGCCAAGUCGGCGGUCAGGCCGUUCAGGCCGCCACGAAGAAGCGGGAGGCUUUCCUUCCCAGUCAAGGCCAACCGGUGAAGCUGGAGAACAAAUCGACGAGGACGUCGUGUCUUUGCAGGAACAGCAACGGGAAGACGAAGGUAGUGCACUCGGACGUGGGGUGCAGCAGGACGCUACCUGUCGCGUCGUCCUGGAACGGGCAGGACGGCACUGGUGCUAACAAUAGCGGUGCUAGCCUGGUGAAGAGGGAACCCUUAGCCUCGGUUCCCUGUCAAGUCGCGGAGGUUUCCACGUCCCUCCACGCCACCACGACCUCCGUCAAGAUCGAGCCCGUUCCACCCAAGUCCGAGAACGGAAUAGUGGUCUCGAACGCGGGAGCCGGUGGCAUACCGGUCGGCAUCGCGGUGGCGAGGCAGCGAUUGCAGCAUCAGGAGACUUCGACGUCUAUGCGCAAUGUGUCUUUAAGUCAUCACACGUCGCAUCACGCGAGCUAUCAUCAUUUCCAGCCGGACAGCCUCGGUUCCAGCACGGCCAUGGCGGUAGGCGGCACCACCCUGGUGCACUGCGGAGGGCCUGGAGGGGAGGAUCGUGCGGCCCACCUCACCAUUCCCUCCGGGGCGCUCGCGCCCUCGCUGAACCUGAAUUCCAGUCUGAAUUCCAGCCUGAAUUCCACCCUGGGCAGCAUCGGCACAGCGCCGACCGAUACGGCCGCUACGUGGCCGCCUACGUUGUGGCAGUAUCCGGCUACGGCCGCCGCAGCUAUGCCAACGGAGCCGCUAAACUUCCCGCAGAUGGGAGUCGGUCUUCAGGGUGGCUUACAGCUUGUUCGUGAUCCGGCCAGCGGUCAUCUCCUUCUGAUUCAUGCUGCGGAACAAAUGCAGCAAGCAGUGGUGUGGCCGAAUUACGCGAGCCACGGCGGCAACGUUGCGCCACCGCCGCUCUUGCUGCCCCCGCCUCCGCCCUCGAUCCAAGUACUCGGCGACAUCGGUGGUGCGAGGCUGGUGCUCGCCGAGAACAAGAGGAAGCCACCGAGCGCGCUGCCGAUCGUCAAAAUCGAAGCGGAUUGCAGCAGCAGUCCAACCACCAUAAUCAGCACGUCCACGGAAUCGACGAAGGCGCUACAGGCCGUGACCUCCGUGACGGGUGCUUUGGUACCGGAGGCGCCCUUGGUGACCACCCUGCACUAUUACCCGCACGCGCCCGCCCUCGUGCAGAUCAAUCCGCCCGAGCCUACGCACUGCAGGUCGCAGGCAACGUCGCCGGUCUCGUGUCUGACUCCUCCGCCGGAAGUGCCGACGAUUCACGCGAUCGAGCCGCCGUUGUACGGGGUGCAGGACGCCUCGAAUCAGACCGACACGCCCGAGGACACCGAAGAGCUGGCCCCGCUCGUGAAGCAGGAGCAGAGCCUGAGUCCUUGCCAGGUCGCGCAGCCGGGCACGAACAUGACCACCGCGAACUUCGAGAUCGUCGCGUCGCCCGAGAGGAUCUGCAACGUGGUGAGGAUCACGACGACCACGACGACGGUGAACCCGAUCUGCGGCAUCGUCACCAAGGUCGACAAGGCGGAGAACACGAUCAUCAACAUGGCCGACUGCGCGAAGUACUCGUCGGCGAAGGAGUGCAGGAGCCUCAAGGCGAUCGACAGGACCGCCGACGAAGAGGCCGGCAAAGAGGAGAAGGCAGUCUGCAGGGAAAGGAGCGGCGCCCGGAUCAUCGAGAUCACCGAGGAGAACUGUGAUAGCUUCCACGAGAACCUCGAGUUCUUCGCCAGGAGGAGAGACGUCAGCGCGGGGCAACGCGACCGCCGGGACAGUUACUCGUCGAAGGACGACGAGAACGUUGGGAAAGACGUUCAGGACAACAAAACAGAGAUCGAGUCGAGGAGGAGCAACGACAUUCCGGCGAGCAUCGAGGCCCAGCCCCGUCAGCCGGGUGUCCGGGCGCCGGAGCCGCGGCUCUUCGACGAGCAGAAGCCGAGCGUCGACUCGACGGAGUCGUCGGCCGCCAAUUGCGAGAGCUGCGACAGCAAGAAGUGGAGCGCCUCCUCGAUAGGCGAGGCUCGGCCUCACAUCACGGUCAAGUCCUUCGACAUGCCCAACAUCGACUGCGACGAGCAGGAGGUGCAGCAGGUGGUGAUCAAGCAGGAGGCCGACGACAGUUGCUACGAGGAGGUCUGCUACGAGUCCCAGUGCGAGCCGACGUCCACCAGCGAGAGGCUCCGGCCGCAGGAGCCGGGCAAGCGGCACCCGCUGGAGAAGUCUCAUCCGGGCAUCGAGAACGUGGUGGAGAAGCUGAAGAAGAACGCGGCGGCUCUGCAGGAGGCCGCGCCGCCGGCGCAGAAGGUCGACGAGUCCGCGGAGAGAUCGCCGGAGAGCGUGAGGUCGAGGAGGCAUUCCGAGACGAUCCCGAAAAAGCUGCAUAUCCUGCGAUCCUGCGCGAGCUCCUUGGAGGCCGUCGACGCCGAGGUCUCCUCCUCGCAAAUAUCGUCGGACCCGCAGACCCGCUCGGGACGGUACUCGCCCCACGUGGAGGAUCACGUGGACAGCCGCUCGUUGGCCGGCGGCAAGUGCGACUCGUCCAAGUCCGAGUGCCUGCUCAGCGACAACAACAACGACAGCAGGAGCAACAAUAACAACAUCAAGGCGAUCGUCGACAAGAAACUGUUCGUGAAGAGCGAGAAGACCCUCUUCGACAUUACCGGCCAUAUCAAGCCGAAGACCAUCUGGAGCUGUGAGAUGCCGCUCGACGAGCUUCACGCGACUCGCAAAGCCGCCGACCAGGUCGCCGAGGACGCGCCUACGGAGGCCAGGUGCAGGGUGAGCGAGCAAAAGCCGACCGUCGACGUGAGCGGCCUCGAGUUGUUGUCCAACAGCAUCGAGCAGUUGGAGCAGGGAAUCGGUCAGUUGAAGCAUCCGGACGCGGACGAGCUGCUGGGCCCGCAGAACGAGAACAAUAACAACAAGGUCAGCAACCCCCUCGUGCUGCUCUGCGAGCUCGCCGAGCAGAAGUUGCAGAAUAUGGAGGAGGUGAGCGACGAUGUGUCCGAGAAGCUGAGCUUGGAGAGCUCGGAGGAGAUCUCGCACGCCGGCAGGUUGCUGCUGAAUUUAGGCAGGUCGCUCGAGAAAGACGGCAAGAGGAAGUACCCUGAGGCCGACGAUCACCAUUCGAAACGAUUCAAGCUCGACGAUCGCGAGGAGGAGGAGGAAGAGGAAGAGGAGGAUGGCCGGGCUGGCAAGAGAGCGUCGCCGGGUUAUUACGAGCAGGGUGAUGCGAAGAACAGGACGAUCGGAGCGGCCGGCAGGCUGCAGGAAGAGGCUCUUCUGAAACUGAAGGAGAGCACCGUCGACGACUUCUCAGCGGAAAACACCGACAACGACGUCGAGGAGGAGGAGGAGGAGGAAGAAGAACAACAACAAGAAGCUGUGGGAGGCCGGUCUUUCCGGAGGAACGUUGAAAAUCGUUACGCUAACAAACUCGAGCCCGUGAAAGGUCUGCAAGUCAUCUCCAGCGAUGAGUCGCGAAGAUACGACGCGUGUUACGAGAAGAACGUCCAGGAAGGCAGUAAAUCGGACGACGAGGUGUUCGAGGUGAACAGUCUUCCCGAGCAGCCGAGCGGUAACAACGAAGUGGAGUGCAAGAGGCAGGCGUCCGUCGAGGAGAGAGACCAGAAGAAUACACGUGCGAAGAAGUUCGCCGGCAAGAAGGACAGUCACGACAACGACAACGACUGGCCGCACAUGAACGCCAUGGAGCUGGACAUGAGGGUGAGGAUGGCCAAUAUCCAGAGGCAGUACAGGGAGACGCAGAAGGAGCUCUCCAAGCUGAUCCCCAGGAAAGAAGACAAGAAGAAUCCUGGCAGACCGCGGAAGAAGAGCCACUCCUCCAGUUCCGAACACGGUGCACUAUCAUCGCCGCCCGCGCUGGACGUGAUCAGCUCUCCGCAAAAGUCCCCGCCGAGGCCACCAGGCUCGCCGAACGGCGCGCCCCCGCCCUUAGCCUCGGCCGUGCUGGCCAUGCCGAUGUGCAACGUGAACCUCGUGAAGCUCGGCGAGCCGAGAAGCCACAUCAAACUUUUGGACAGUAUACCCAGCAUCCCGAUACCGGUGCCGCCGGUGACGUCACCGAUCACGGUCCUGCCGUCCGGCAAGCCCGAGGACGACGAGAAGAUCGUGGGAAGGUUGGGUUACGAGACGUCAUCGCCGGCGCCUACCAUCGCGAGCUCGAGUUCCGCAUCCAAGAAGAGGAAGGUGGGUCGGCCGAAGAAGUUUAUGUGCACCUCGGGCAACAAUAGACACUUAACGGAGACGAUCGUCGCGAAGAAGCCCAAGAGCAAGAGCUCCCUGGUGGGUUACGUGUUGUCGUCGAAAAACAGGCAUCUACAAACCAAGCAGUACAUAAGCAAAACCGGCUAUACACCGUUGCCGUUCAAGUCGGGGGUGUUGCCCCUGAAGUCGCAAUCCAAGGCGCAGAAAAUCGCGAAAACGCGAACGAGGCAAGCGACGAAGCCGGCUAAGCAGACCCCUUUGCACAACAAGAAUGUCAUCAGUUCGAUCAUCGCGGAGAAGGCGAAGCUGAGCCAAGAGGUCAAGCUCGAGAAGAACAGCGGCAAGGUCAAGCCGAAGCUCAGAGCGGAGGCGAUGCUGAAGAAAUGGGAGGACGAUGAGACCGAUACAAUGUUGCCCAAAAAUUCUGUCGCUGAGAGGACCGUCAAGGCGCCGGCAGAUUCACCGUCGAAGAGGGAGCUCCGACAUGAGAGGUCGAAGAAGAAGAGGCGAAAGUCCAGCGCGUCCUCAUCGAUCAGUCAUGACAGGAAGAAAUCAAAACGAUGCAUCUCGAUAGACUGCCAGACGUAUAUGGAGGACACGACGAUGAUGAAUCCGUGUAAAUUGACGGCCACGCAUCUGGCCACUGACCAGUUGCGCGUUCUUCAGAUGAGAGGCGGUCUGUUCUACGCGGGUAGGCUCAGAGCGGUGCAGCCACCCGACGUUUACUCCAUAACUCUGGACGGUGAACGCGGAAACAAGCCGCAAUUCUACUCCACCGAGCAGAUUCUGAAGGAUUCGAUCCUAGAGGUGUUCCCGAACUCGACGAAGGAACUGACACCCGGCACAAGAUUGUGCGCGUACUGGAGCGAGCAGUACAGAUGCCUGUACCCGGGAACCGCUGUCGAGCCGAUAGAGCCUAACACGGACCAUGACGACAAAUACGUCAGCGUAGAAUUCGAUGACGGUGACAGCGGUAGGAUCGACCUGAGCAAUAUCCGGCUGUUGCCUCCCGGCUAUCCCGUCAUAGAAUACGAUCCGAAUCCUCUGCUGACGUUGGGCAAACGCCGGCGUCAGAGAUCGUCGUCGGGCGAGAAACUACGAUCGGCCUCCGGUGACCAGGCCGGGCUGCCAUUCUCGAGCGACAUGGCGUUCCCCGCGUCCUAUUACCCCGAUCGACAACCGACGGAGCCGCCAAAGUCGAGCGAGCUCGAAGCGGAUGUGUUGGACGCGUAUCGCGAGCGGAAGCGCACGAAGAAGAGGAAGAGGAAGCUCAAGAGGCUGGAGGAGGGCAAGAAGAAGCACAGGAAGCACAAAUCCUCCGAGGAGCAUCGCAAACACAGACACAGGAAACACCGGAAGCACAAGCACAAGCAUCACGGCAGCCACAGCGAGGCGAGCUACGUGAGCGGGGAGAGUAGUUCGGCUGAGCAAAAGAGCGAGGAGGAAGUUUCCAAGGAGAUAUCGAGCACCGUACACUGUUCCGACGAGGGAACCUCUCCCGACGGGCGUGGCGUCUUGCCCCAGGUGAUCAGUCUCGAUCAUCUGCCAUCAGAGAUGUCGUUGUACAGACAGUCGUCCAGUGAUAUGGAGAUCGAGGAGCAAUUGAUCGAAGAUACCGAGGAGCAGAUGACCGAAGAACAAACAACGUCGCUGGAGAUUGAGGGAGAGUUGUCCUCGACGCAACAGAAUAUAGAAAAAUCGUCCUCGGGGGAGAUCAGCACGGACCGGUCGUCUUCGGAGAAAAUGAGCUCAGACCGGUCGUCCUCGGAGCAAAUGAACACGGAUCGAUCAUCCUCGGGGCGAAUGAGCAGUACAGACCGAUCGUCCUCGGGGCAAAUGAACACGGAUCGAUCAUCCUCGGGGCGAAUGAGCAGCACAGACCGAUCGUCCUCGGGGCAAAUGAGCGCAGACCGAUCGUCCUCGGGGCAAAUGAGCGCAGACCGAUCGUCCUCGGGACAAAUAAGCACAGACCGAUCGUCCUCGGGGCAAAUGAGCGCAGACCGAUCGUCCUCGGGGCAAAUAAGCACAGACCGGUCGUCCUCGGAGCAACAAAUAAGCACCGACCGAUCGUCCUCGGAGCGAAUAAGCACAGACCGAUCGUCCUCGGAGCAGAUCAACACAGACCGAUCGUCCGUGGGACGAGAAUUGAGUACAGAGCGAUCCUCGGAGGUAGAGUCCGAGAAACAGCCUCUCCAGGAGGUACCUUCGUCCCUCGAAGUGGACGAGCAGUCCGACGUACAGUCGCUCCAAGAGGAAGAAUCCGAAGAACAGCCGUCUCAAAGGAUCCAGACCGAAGAACAGCCGGCCCAGAAGGUGGAGCCAGAGGAACAGACGAGUCCGGACGUAGAGUCCGAAGAGCCGGUGUCCACCGUGGAAUCCUCGGAAUCGUGGGAACCCGCCUACGAGAAGAAGAAGAAGCAGAGGCGGGUGAAGAGGCAGACGAAGCUGCGCGAGAAAUCCGUAGAGAGCCGCAGCAAAAUGGCCCCCUUCCUGCCGGAAAAGCAAAUCUGGAGCUGGGCGGACGGACCGUACAGGCGGGUCGGGGCGAAGGGCAGAUUCAAGAAGCAAUUUCACCGCGGGAUAGCGCGCAGCGACGAGACGAUCGAGAUCGGCGACAGCGCGGUCUUCUUGUCGACCAGCAGCGCCGACAGACCUUACAUCGGGCAGAUCAUGUCCAUGUGGGAGACCUCGAACUCGAACAUGAUCGUCAAGGUCAAGUGGUACUAUCAUCCCGAGGAGAGGAAGGGUUCCCCGGAGAAUCUCAAGUACCCGGGUGGCCUGUUCGAGUCGAAUCACUUGGACGAAAACGACGUGCAGACGAUCUCCCACAAGUGCGAGGUGCUGUCGCUCGACGAGUACAUCAAGAGGCUGGGCAAGGAACCGGACCAAACCGUGUACGAGAACAAGGAUGUCUACUACCUGGCCGGCACCUACGAUCCCACGACAUGCCUGACGAGUCCGAAGCCUGGAGUUGUCUGAGAAAAGCUUAAGCUGACGAUUAAGUUAACCGGUAUUACUUAAUCGUGGUCAGCCAACAAUUCUGCGAAAUCUCUCACGUGACAACCGCCGAAUCGGCGGGCACACAACCCUUCAACGUCUUCCGGAGGAAGAUGAGUCUCGAAACUCUUAUGCUGUAGAGGCGUAGGCGACAUGUGCAUCGCGCUUUUGCAUUUUGAAGCUUACUCGACGAGAGCGUGUGUGCUACGGUGAUGCCACAUUUCUCCCACCUUUCAUGCUGUCGCUUAUUGCGAGCGAUCGAAGUCCACUAGGAGUUCGAAAAGAUCCACAAGGCACAAGCAUUACUUCAUACGCGAGACGACGCCUACUCAGAAGUGCUUAGGGACAGCGUGCUUAUCGCGCGUUACGCAUUGGUAUGAUUAGACUCACCCCCACAGUUUCGAAACGUCCUGAUUUUCCACCGAUUGACACUUAACAUCGUUUUACUCCUCUUGUACUUUUUGUACAUACACGUUGCGAUCGGACGGAAUGUUUCUCUUCACGCCACGCCAUGUGAAAUGUAAUGUGAAUGUUCGGCAGUUCGAGAGGGGAUUAAAAGUGUGUGAAAAGUCCAAGUAUGCCAUCAUACCAUUAUGAAUUGGAUAUGUGUAAUAUGUAUAUUAAUCUUCCACACUCUUGAGGUACAUAUAUGUGUAUGUAUGUAUGUACAUAUGGUCGGAGAGCAUAGAUUGACAAACUUCGUAGCCUGCAACUUUCGACCUCGGCAACAGGCAAUACUUGUGCCUUGUUUAAAAAAAAUUAACACUUCUCCCCCCCGUCGUAAACCCACGCGGUCCGAUUAACCGUUCCGAUUUCUAAAUUAUAAUUACGCUUACAGUUUUCGCGUAGGAGAGCGAUAGGUGGUGAGGAAGGGAGGGAGGGGGAGAAAAAGAGCGAGCGAGAGAGAGAUAGAGAGAGGGAGAAGAAGAGAAAGCUGGAUCGAUGCAAUAAUUACACCAAGUGGCAUUAAACGAGGAAGUGAUCGCGAUAAGAAUUAACUUGCUGUACAUAUUGUAAAUAGAGUAUCAAUAGUGUGUGUGUCUAAUAUUCGGCUACACGAACACACGUAUAUGUAUAUAUACACACAGAUAUACAUACACACGUGUGCGCGCACGCGCGCGUCUCGUUGAGACAGAUCGCGUCGCGAAAGCGGUAGGUUUCGAAUUUAUACAGCUUAAGUGUUAAGUCGUAAGUUAAUGGCCUGAUUGUAGUGACGUUUCGAUGUUCGUAUAAUGACAAAAAAAGAGAGAGAGAGGGAGAGAGAAAGAGAGAAGAUAGAGAGAGAGAGAGAGAGUAUACUAUUUUCGUGUUCGGGUAAUCCAUUUUUAACUAUCAUUAACGCGAUAUACGCGUGCGGUACGCGCAUAAUCGGCAACGUUAGCUUUAUUAGAACGAGACGGAGACUAACGCUCGAGUCAGGGACGAGAGUACGGAGGAGAGAGCCGCGCGCGUUUCCGACGAGUUUCGCUCGCGAUUCGUCGCGUAGCCGAGGCGACGUUUUACCUCGCUCCAAUCGAUACCCCGGCGACGCGUUUAUGUAACAGAUAUUUGCAUACUUGGCGACACGCGGCCCGACACUUCUGACCUGGAAUAUCGCGGAUAUAACGAGCGACGAACAACUAAUCCCAUUAACGCCCGCGAGAAAAUCAAUUAUUUAAAUAACAAGCCGGGCGAAAGCAGCGUCGAAGCGCGCUACCGCUCGGCCAGGUGUAUUAAAACGUCGAACUAAUCGGGGAAAACCGUGGUGGCUUUUCUCGCUGCAGCUUAACGAGGUUUCGAAGUAUCGCCGGAGGAAAAAAUUUAACGUCGAUGACACCCGAGAAGAAAGAGAGAGGGUCUUAUAUAUAUAUAUAUCUCCUGUCCCGAAGAGAGACGGUGAAAGGUCGACGAGAGCGAUCGGGACGGACUCGGGCCGACACGAGCGAUGUCGAUUCGUUGAAAUUAGAGCUUAAACCACUUGACGCAAGGCUCGGGCCUAAGAAGGGUCGACGUGUGUGUAUGUGCGCGCGCGUGUGUGUCUGUGUGUUGUGUGCACGGAAAAAAUAGUCCUGAAUCAGUGAUGGAUAUUCUUGUAUUUAUAUACUUGUUAUAUAUAUAUAUAUAUAUACUUGUAUAUAUAUAUAAUACUUGUAUCAAUAUAGAAAUUCAGUCGAAUUAAAGCUAAGAAUCUUCUGAGAAUUCUAAGAAGAUUGUAAUAUUCUUGCUUAUACGUGGGAACAUCUAUCAUCGAUUUAAGACUAAUUUUCUCCCGUGUGUGUGCGCGUGCGCGCGUAUGUAUGUGUGUGUGUGUGAGCGAAAGAAAGAGAGAGAGAAUGUACUUAGAUCCUAAGACACGCUUCCUCGAGCUGUUUCGCUUGUUUCGUUACGUUACGUUCGUUAGCGCGAGCAUUAAUUCGUUACUUUCGAGCAUUGAUUCGUUAACUCGAACAUUAAUUCGUUAUCCCCAGACAUUGAUUCGUUAAUUCGAGCGAUUAAUUAAUUCGUUACGACUCGUUUUUCCUUCGUCUUUGUUUACCGACACCGUGAGAAAAAGGGACACCGUGCUCGGAGAGACGGUAAUAUCGAUGCAGGGUGUGAUCGAUGCCAAGGCGCCGCGGUUAAUAACUGAUCACAGACGAUUUCGGUCGGUCGGUAGAAAAUGAUUGGGUGCUUCUCUCUCGAGGCGAGAUUCGCGAUACCGCGAUACGUGCGCGCACGGCGGAAAGAUCGUGACAUUUUGAACCACUUUCGACUUCGGAAUAUCCGGCGUUACAAUAGGAUAAUUUAUAUUCCGAGACUUAUUAAAAAGCGAAGGUCUCGAUAUAUUGAACGCCGUUAUCGGUGAGCACUUCUCGGGAGAGUGGCUUGGAAGCCCGAUUGGCGGAGAAACUAUACUUCGAGGCACUCUCGCGGCACUUUCAUCGACAAAAGUAAGCUCCGAAUGCGGACAAAAUUCGCCCGUUGGAUACGAGGAUGCGUCGCCACUCGUUGGGACGAAGAAUCUCGCGAUCUCCCCGGCCGUCGAUUGCGCACGCCCCGUUCGAACGCUUCUUGUUCUCGCUGCCCGAUCCGGUGUCCAACGAGAAAACUUCCGGAUGUUCUCUCAUUGGAGGAGAGAAGCGUUCGAGCUCGUUCGUAUUGAAAGCGAGCGCACGCGUGUAUCGUUCACGACGACGCGAGUUUUUUUCCACGUGCGAGCGCCGGUGCGACGAGUCGAAUUAGCUUUAAGAGGCCUUCUUUCUCACUUCUUGUUCUCUUGUUGUCUACUUUCAUCCUUUUCCCUGUUAUGAUUUUUCGCGACGCGACGCGCACCGCCACGCUCGUUCCAUCCGGCGCCGGCACCCCGACCGCACGCAUAAAGGAAUGGAGCGCCGGGAGACAAGGGGAAUCCGAAUUGUUCGAAACGCGCUGUUCGAAUAGUUCGAGGCGAGGGAAACGUAACGAGCUCGCGGGCUCUCGACGUUCGCUCUUUGUGUGCCCCGUAAUUGCUGGCAUCCAUUCUCGGCGCGCUUGCCAGUUACUUUUGAGAUUAUCCCCCGCGCGAGAAUACAGACAAGACCGAGUUAGCAGCGCGGGGAGUACAAGUAACACACAGUUUACAACGUCGACGCGCUUCGAUCGUAGUUUCUCAGCCGUCAGUCCCGUCGCCGGGAAAGCCCUUCGAUCGGCCCCGCGGAAAGCUUGCGGCCGCUUAUUUGACAACAUUGCGCGCAUAGCUGCGGCAACGCGAGCUGGAAGAAGCACUUUCAGGGCUCAAAUAUAACGAAGAGAGUGAAGAGCGAGGAAAUAAAUGUCGACGCAUGGGCAACUUAUGCUUCAAUCCAAAAUAAAAGAAAUGAGAGAAGCGGGAGAACUAGGAUCAGGAACACUAUUGAUAUUCGAUUUCCCUUGUAACUUUGCAAGGUUUAGUAGUUGAUGGAAAUUUGACCUUCAACAUGUUCACCGAUCGUCAAUACGCAAAUGAAAAUCACUUCGAGUCGACCGUUGAUUAUCGAGAAAAUGGUGAAAGUAUUAAUGAGGACGGUAGAGGUUCGUUCGAAAGGCUGGCUACCGAAAUUCACUGUCAGAGCGCUGAAAAUCUGCAGUUCAUGUCGCGUCCAUGCUAUAGAUUAUCCGCGCUGGAAGUGAAUAUUUGGAGCGUAGCCGAAAUAAUAAAGCCGGUUGGUCCCGUUUUAAGAUAUUCUCACGCUUUGUUCUCUGUAUAUUUCUUUUAUUAUGUUGAACUAUAUUAAGCUUAUUCCACAUAUCUCGUUCCUAAUUCCCUAUAUUUAAUUCCUCGACCCUCAUUCCUCUCAUCGUAUCUGAGCCCUAGCGAAACCGAGAGAUGAAAUUUCCGACCGACCGGCAAUGCGACCGUUCGGGCCGAUCGAAAUCCCGAAGACGGGGCGGGGCGGCAGAAGAGGGCCCUGUUGCAUUUCUUCCUCAAAUUAAGCCUAGAAGCCUACGCGGAGAAAUUUCCGAAAUGUGCUAUGGUAGCGUCGCGGCCAUAUGAUGGCCGAUGAAUUAUUACCUACGAUAUGUGUACUAUAAAAUUACUAUGCAGAUUUAGACUCUACCGUACUACCGUAGGGAGUCGAUCGAACAACUCGUACUCUUAGUAGCAUGGCGAAGUACAAACUCUCAAGACACAAUUAAAUUCGCGCGUCGGCGAAUGAUAACGAUGAUGCCGAUAACGACGACGACGACGAUGAUGAUUGUAACGAUGACGACGAUGAUUGUAACGAUUACACUGACGUUUACGAUAAUGAUGAAAUCGAGAGUGGACGCGGUGGUACUUAUGUGUAGAACGGCGCGUGUGGCUUUGUUCUUUCUCUUGUGUAAAUAUAUUAAUAAUAAUAAUAAUAACAUUAAUAUUGAUAAUGCGUAGAAAAUGCUCCGUUGUGUAAAUAACGCUGAGAACGCGCGGCGGCGGUACCGCGCCGUCGCGUCCGCUUUUAAAGAUAUUUUUGACGAUCAAAGCCCGUUGUAUAGAUGACAUCGAUCAAUCGAGUAGUACGUAAAAUACAUACGUGUAUAAUAUAUAGUAUUUUUUCAUGAGGGCCGCAAAAAGAAAAAAAAAACAGAAAAAGAUACGACGACGAGUCGGUCAGGCUUUUCAAAAGACGACAAGGAGGUUCUAAUUGCGUUGCGGUCGCGCCGAUGAGCUUCUCCUCGCGCGAACGGUCACUGGCUGGACGUCAUUGGUGGACAGUGCUGGGCAGCGUUAAUCAGGCAGUAAAUCGGACCCUGCAAUAAAAUUAGCCUGAUUAUCGAAAACAAUCUCACGGUAAAGAGAGAUAGAGAGAGAGAGAGAAAGAGAGAGAGUAGGAUAGGGUCGGCGAUGGCAGCACUGUGAGCGCUCGUUAUAUUUUUCGUUUCGACUUUUGUUCCAAGUUAACCCUCUAGUGGCAAGCUUGGGGUCGGACCCGCCGCUCCGUUUUGUUCAGUUUUCACCUAACUAAUGUAUAAGACGGGUGAAAGAGGUAAAUAAUAAAUGAAUAAUGAUAUAUGAAACUUCUUCUUCUGUUUAUUUCUAGGUAAGAAAAUACAUUAACGUUUGCUAACUAAAUAAUUGCAAGUAAAACACUUUGGGGAAAACGCUUUGACGUUCUGGAGAUCCACCUCGCCAUUAGAGGGUUGAAAACGUUACACAAAGAGAGAGAGAGGCGGGGAGAGAGAGAGACAGAGAGGGGGGGAAUGAAAAAAAAUGAAAUUUAUUUUUGAGAAAUGUACAUUGAGAAGAAAAAGAGCAAUUUUUACGUUGCGCACGUGCGUGUUUUAAAGUGUACACCUCGCGAUUUCGGAUACGAUUGAUGUCGCAGCUGUCGGGUCGAGAGUGCGACAACCUGCUACUCUUCGCGCAACCCCUACGUAGUCGCGGAAGAUAAAAGUAAGUAAAAAAAGAAAUCCCCCGACAACGUAACGCCUGCGGAGAGAGCUGUUUCUCUCUCCCCCCCCCCUCUCUCUCUCUACCCCUCUUUCUUUCGACGAGGGCAUAUAUAACCGAUAAAAGCGUUUCUCGGGGCCGGAGCUCGUACCCUGGUGAAUUAUACGAUACCUUGUAGCCCUCUCCCCCUCCUCCGCUCACGGCGACCACGCAAAGUGCGCGAAACGAGUCGAACACCUCCUUGCACGCCGCUUGUAACACCCAUAGCGCUGGUGUAAUAUUAUUAAUUACCGCAUUUUAACGACCGCGAGAGUUCGCUAAUGAUGUUAC